UCUAGCUUCGGCGUACAUUGUACGGUUCACAGUUGCUGUUGAUGUCUAUAAUCAACGGUUAGGCUUCCUCGUAUUCGCAGAACAAAACCAUUGAAAAGUCUAACAUCUUGUCCUUUUAGCAUUUGCUCUAACUUAACUUCCUCACUCCAACCAUGGCUGCAUCAUCUGCGAGACUCGCGGUAACAGCGUUGGUGUUGCUCGUGGCUUUCGCAACAAUCUCUCUCCAAGCUUCAGCGUCAGCUUCAUCCGUCGGUAAAUUCGUCGACGAAACCAUCACUUCCCACAAGAUCGUCAUUUUUUCCAAGACCUAUUGCCCGUACUGUAAAAGAGCAAAAGCUGUUUUCGAAGAGUUGAACCAAGUUCCAUAUGUUGUUGAGCUUGAUGAGAGAGAGGAUGGUUCAAAGAUUCAGGAUAUCAUGACUAACAUUGUUGGGAGGCGAACUGUGCCACAAGUUUUCAUUAAUGGAAAACACCUAGGAGGCUCAGAUGAAACUGUUGAAGCUUACGAGAGCGGAAAGCUGGCUAAACUUCUAGGAAUUGAGACAGAGGAUCAUGAUGAUCUCUGAAUCAGGUUGUUACUUAGGAGAAACCAUGUUGUGAAGCUGCAAUUGUAUUCUGUUACUAUGAAAAAUCUUUACAUAUAAAGUCACGAUGACAUUACAUUUUGGCACAGCUAAAGUUUUCAUUUAUUUAUAAAGUGAUGGAUAGUUUUUCAAAUAUCA